AGAAGGAGUUACACAACUCGUUGCCUAUAUCUGCUCACUAAGACACGGACGAAUUUACUUCCGAUUUAAGUACCAGUGAUGUGGUCUUUCCAGCUCAUUUAGAAACACUGCCAAUACUUCCCUCGUAUACUACUCCUUGUCUAUAGUAUUCACCGCUACAAGCAAGCCCCCAAAGCUUUGCGUACUUAGUACACUUACGCACCGUUCCUUUAUAUCGAUGACUUCGGCAACAUGCUACUCUCCAAGCGGAGAUAUAGCAGAAGACUGGCAGCCUUGUAACGCAACAACAAACGGUCAAGCGAGUGCAUGCUGCGACCUUAGAAACUCCGUCUGCACAACAACCGGGCUCUGUUUCGGCGGGGCCGGCCACAUCUACCGCGGCGGGUGUACGGAUCGGCACUGGAGCGCACCAGAAUGCACGAACCACUGUCUCGACGUACGCCAAUCGCAGUUCGUCAAUCUCUACAGCUGUGAACCCGGAGUCUGGGACCCUAAGCAUCGCGUCUGCUGCGGCGAGGAUUCCAACUGCUGCGCCAACAACUUCACUAUCGUUCCCGGGCUACCAUUUUCGGGCUUCAAUUCACGGACCACAACGAACGGGAGCGAGUCGGACGACGAGCAAACGACAGCGAGCGCAUCGCGUACGGCGACAACAGUGACUGUCAUCAUCACGGCCACUGCUGCGCGGCAUGACUCUAUUAGGCCCACGACAGUGGGCGUCGCAGUGGGCGUGCCGCUUGGGACAGCGCUUCUCGUGGCGUUGGGGCUGCUGCUUUUCCAUGAGCGCGUGUGGAGGCGGCUUGCGGCGAGGAAGAAGGCCGAAAAGGCAUCUGCGUCUUACUACUUUGGUGGCGCAGGUGCACCACCACCGGGGUAUCCGGCGCCUGUGGUUGAAGCCGACGCUGGUAGUUCAGCCAAUCCUGCCGUUGAGAUUGGGCAGCCUGAAGAGAGGACGGAAAUGGAAGCCUGUGGGCCGAGAUGACAGACUUUAUGCGAUGGGGUUGUAUUGCUAAUUUCAGAAGACGUUCGCUCAGUACACUCGCGCGUUACUACUCUUGUAUAUACAAAGCGGUGGUCAGGAUCUAGGUGCGUAGACUCCGCUUGUGGUAUCGUAAUUGAUAGUCGUAUGGUUUAGUACAGACCACCUAUGUAUGUAGCACGUGGUUGACAUAGGAGCGAGUACUACAU